AAAAAUCGCUAGGUUUACCGGCGGCCACGAGAAGCGGAGGGCUGGAAGGCCAUGGGAACCAGAGAAGUAUACGAGGAGAAGCUCCGUUCCGGCAAUCUCUACCACGAUCCCACCAUUAACCCCGGUCUCGGUUCCGCUCGCUGCCCUCGAUGCCUCUCCCUCGUGAACCCUAAUUCGGAAGAGAAAUGGACUAUUGCUUCGGUUCUGCACGACGCCACUGCCGUGGCUGGUUCAGGCAUUGGCGCCAUGCUGAGUGCAGUUCACGGAUUCAACACGGGGUUUCCAUUCAUUCAGAGACACGUGAAGAGCCCAAAGUGGAUCCAAGUGGUUGUAGGG